GCUGCAAUCAACAUAAACCAAAGCACGUGUCGCAUAUGAUGUGGAUGAUGUCGAAUUCAAAACAAAUACGCGAAUGCUAGGCUAGGUUGGGUUAUCAGGGCCUAAUUAUUCUUGAAACAUUUACCUAUUCUUUGAACGAAAUGCACAUAAGAAAUUUAUCAGCCUAAUACUUCGCAUCAGUGUUUUAUAUGGAUUUCGUUCGGCUGUCAAGCUGUUGCCAGCUAGCCUCAGCCUCAGGCACUAGGUAGAAACUAUGCGCCUAGCCUGCUGCAGUGCUACUACUGAGUACUAGUACUAGGCUACCGUCACUACUACUACCGAGGCCUAGGCCUAGUACCACUAGUAGUAGAGUACUAGUAACUUGUUCUUGCUUAUUUUCGCAAGACAGACCACUUCAAAGUGUGUUUAUCUUUUGGUUGAGUUCCUGGGUUUAUAUGCCUAGGUAGGCUACCACCACUACAACAAGGUGGAAAUGAUUUUGCAAAGAAUUUGUCUUGUUUAUUAAUGUGGUUCACACUUUCUUCCAAACAGCUAGAACAACAAGGGAUCAAAAGUGAACUAGCUAGAAACCGAAUUCAUAAUAGUACCGUAAUUUACAAUAUAAAAGACAUACUAAACAAAGCCUGCAAUUCGUUUUACUUUAAUUUAUGAUUGUUGGAUUUUUUGAUGUUUCUACGUAUUUUUCUGCUGAACUGUUUGAUUCAGAAUUGUAAAAUUGAAAGGAAAAUGUCUUCAAAUACUUCAAGAUAUUUUACAAGAAAUGAUUCCUGUAUGAAAAGGUCAUCUGAACGUUUAAAAAAGAACAUAUCUACUUCUUCUAGUGUACAUGUAAAAAGAGAUCCUGACUCAACUGUUCAACCGCGAGGUAGUCUGUCAACCAAACUUGCCAGAAAGAGAACCAUAAAGGUUGAGUAUGAUGAGGUAGUUGAUACACAAAGUGAAGUACUUGCAAGAAAUGACCCCAAAAUGAAAGUGACAAAAGAUGUUGGCCAACAGCAUGCAGAUGGCUUGGACAGAGAUGAUGGAAUCUGGCAACCACCACUUUGGAGAGAUCAGCUGGCAGGGAUCAAAGAGAUGAGGAAAAUGAGAGAUGCACCUGUUGACACAAUGGGAGCUUCAAAGAUAGGCGAUUCAUCUGCAGAACCAGCCGUGUACCGAUACCAUGUGUUAUUGUCACUCUUGUUAUCAAGUCAGACCAAAGAUCAGGUAACGAAGGCAGCCAUGGUGAGUCUUCGUGAGCAUGGGCUGACUGUUGAAAACAUCUUGGCAACCUCAGAGCAGGAUAUUGGACUUCUUAUAUAUCCUGUUGGCUUCUGGAAAAGAAAAGCUGAGUACAUAAAGAAGACAACUCAAAUCCUAAAAGAUAAGUACAACUCGGACAUUCCACCAACAUUAAAGGAACUCAUAAGUCUUCCUGGUAUUGGACCCAAAAUGGCUCACAUCAUCAUGGAUGUUGCUUGGAAUAAGGUAACAGGCAUUGGCGUUGAUACCCAUGUUCAUCGUAUUACAAACAGAUUGAAUUGGGUUAAAAAACCGACAAAGACUCCGGAAGGGACGCGAAUUGGCCUAGAAGAAUGGUUGCCAAGAGAAUUAUGGAGUGAAACUAACGUGUUGCUGGUUGGUUUCGGACAGCAAACCUGUCUGCCUGUUGGUCCACGUUGUACAGAGUGCCUCAUCAAAAACAUCUGCCCCAUCGGAAAAAACAUCAAGCUGAAGGAUUCACCGCCGAAGAAGUCACCGCGCAAGGCUUCCAUCAAGAAGGAGAAAUGAAAAUAGAGACACAUUCAGGACCAAAAAAGGUCUUUAAAAAACAGUGGAAAAAAUGUUGGUUAUCCCCCCUCCCCCUUCUCUUUCCCCAGUUCUAUUAAGACUUUAUUAUUUGCUAUUUAUUUAUUUUAUUUAUUUCUUCUUUACCCCGGGGACCUGAACAGUGCAAAAAGCAUUGUUAUCCUCUGGGGCCCAGCUUCUUUGUCUGGUUCAUUUUUCGCUUGCGCAUUUGAUAAGUUUUGAAUUGUCGUGGUAAAAAUUUUUGAUUUAUUUAUUAGUUUUUAAAUAUCCACAAAUUGGUAUCUCAUUAACCAUUUCCCAGUUUUUCAUCAAACAUCCAUUUUGAGUCAUAGAAAAAUCCAGGCUCGUAGCCAAGUCGGUUUAUGGUUCGGGCAAAGCACCUUUCUCUAGCGAACCCCCUCCUUUCUGGUGAAUACCCCCCACCCAAAAUAUCUCGAUAGAGUCCUCCAACCCAACUAAUGUACCCAGACUCAAGACAGAAAGUUUUGUUGCAGAUCUUUUUCAAACAUAACUGCUUUCAUAGUAUUAUAUAGACCCAUAAUACAAAAAUCACUCUGUCUUUAGGGACUUUUCAUCUUGGGCCCUGGACCUAUGUCAGGAGAAUCCCCCCCCCCCAC